UUCCUCACUAAGAUCUGGUGGGGGGCGAUGACUACAGACACAUCCAUCUCCAAACUGGUGCUGUCUUUCUUCUGUCCCCCUCUCAUCUGGACCAACCUCAUCAAGUUCAGUGAUGAGGAACUAGACAGUCGUGGUGGAGGAGAGGAGCAGUAUGUGGAACUUGACAGUCUGGACACAGAAAAGGCCCUGCUACUAACAGACAAUGACCCUUUAGACUCGGGGGGUCCUCCUGGUGGCGUGGAGGGCCAGAGCAGCGCCGCCGUGUGGUGGCGUUUCCUGCUGCGUCGUUGGCGUCGCUUCUGGAGUGCCCCGGUCACUGUGUUCCUAGGCAACGUCAUCAUGUACUUUGCCUUCCUCAUCCUGUUCACCUACGUGCUCCUGCUGGACUUUCGUCCUCCGCCCCCCGCGGGCCCUGGGGCCCCUGAGAUCAUGCUCUACUUCUGGGUCUUCACCCUGGUGCUGGAGGAGCUGAGACAGAGUUUCUUCACAGACGAAGACAUGAGCAUCCUGAAGAAAUUCAAGCUGUACGUGGAGGACAACUGGAACAAGUGUGACAUGGUGGCCAUCUCACUCUUCGUUAUCGGUGUGUCCUGCAGGAUGAUGAAAGACACGUAUGAGGCGGGACGAACGGUUCUGGCGCUGGACUUCAUGGUGUUCACACUGCGUCUCAUCCACAUCUUCGCCAUCCACAAGCAGCUGGGGCCCAAGAUCAUCAUUGUGGAGAGGAUGAUGAAGGAUGUGUUCUUCUUCCUGUUCUUCCUGAGUGUGUGGCUCAUAGCGUACGGCGUGGCUACUCAGGCCCUUCUCCACCCCAACGACCCGCGCCUAGACUGGGUGUUUCGCAGGGUCCUGUAUCGACCCUACCUGCACAUCUUUGGCCAGAUCCCAUUGGAGGAGAUUGACGUGGCACGGAUGCCCGAGACCAACUGUACCACGGUGAUAGAGGAGAUCAUCAUGGGAACUCUGCCCCCUUGUCCCAACAUCUACGCCAACUGGCUGGUCAUCCUACUGCUGGUCAUCUUCUUACUGGUUACCAACGUUCUGCUGCUCAACCUCCUCAUCGCCAUGUUCAGCUACACAUUCCAGGUGGUGCAGGGCAACACAGACAUCUUCUGGAAGUUCCAGAGGUACAACCUGAUCGUGGAGUACCACAGCCGGCCCGCCUUGGCCCCGCCCUUCAUCAUCAUCAGUCACUGUUCCCAGCUCCUCCUCAGCCUGGUCAAGAGUCCUGAGCCCAAACUGGAGCAAUUAGAGAGGGAGCUGCCUGCAGGUCUGGACCAGAGGUUGAUGACCUGGGAGACAGUACAGAAGGAGAACUAUCUGGCCAAACUGGAACGGCAGCAUCUGGAGAGCAGUGAGGAGAGACUGAAGAGCACCUCUUCCAAGGUUCAGAGCUUAUUGAAGAUUGUUGGAGGAUUCAAGGAGCAAGAGAAGCGAAUGUCAUCCAUGGAAGCUCAGGUGAAGUACUGUGGGGAGGUGCUGUCCUGGAUCGCUGAGUGCUUUUCCCAGAGUACACUCAAGUGUGAGAGAGAGGCCCCCAGAGUUCCAUCUGUCAAGGCUACUGGUGUCACAGCUGUGAAGGCCGGCGCUUCCAGAGAUCCCCCUCAGAAUGUGUCAGACAAGGAGGUCGAGCCAGAGAGGACAGAGGCUAAACUAGGUCCCUCAGGAUACGGAGCCAACAAGAGGUUUCCUUACAUCGACCAAUAACAUCCACAUCAAAAGUAGUGUUUUUGGAAUGUGAAUCCCAGCCUGGAAAUCGAAGCACUAAUUUUCUAAAUGUUUUUAGUUUUCUAGUUGAGACGUGAUUGAAUCUGAAUCCCAAGUGCCUUAUUAAAAUGAACAGCCUUGA